CUGGAGGAAUUGCAACACCCCUUGUUUACGGCCAACUUCUAGCUUUAUACCUGUUGCAUAAUGACAUGAAUAAUGCACGGUAUCUUUGGAAAAGAAUCCCUCCUGCUAUCAAAUCUGCAAAUGCUGAACUUGGUGCAGUUUGGUCAGUAGGACAAAGAAUCUGGCAGAGAGACUUUCCAGGAAUCUAUACAACAAUCAGUGCGCAUCAGUGGUCCGAGACUGUUCAACCAAUUAUGGAAGCACUUAGAGAUGCAACUAGGAGACGAGCCUUUGGACUGGUUUCUCAGGCAUAUACCUCAAUAGUUGCAGAUGAUUUUGCAGCCUUUGUCGGACUUCCUGUAGAAGAAGCUGUGAAAGGUGUGUUAGAACAGGGCUGGCAAGCAGACUUUUCAACUCGUAUGGUAAUGCCUAAAAAGCCAGGUGUGCUGGAAGCUUCCUUUAACAGAUUUAUUCCUUCAUCAGAACCUGCUCCGGUUCCACCAAUUCCAAAUGAACAGCAGUUGGCCAGAUUGACUGACUAUGUGGCUUUCCUUGAAAAUUGAUUGCCCUGCUCCUGUAUUCAGAACAACUUGGGAAUCCUGUGUACUGACAGUUCUAGAAAUCUAAGAUUUAUUUCAUUUUGUAUCUGUUAAAUGUUGCAGCACCCCCUGCUCAAAUGUGUGAAGUGUAUAGCGUAUGUUAUCCUGAUUUGUGUUUUGCCAAAGCCAAGCUAGCAAUUGAAACAGUCCUUUAACUCCUGUAAUAUUUAUUCAGUAGGUACACAGCAGUAUUACAUAGUAAGUUGGGUUUUUUUAUUGACUCAUAGUAGAGAGGCAGAACUUUUCAGGUAUAUUAGAAAUGAAGAAGAGAAGAGUAAUGAAGCAGGUUAA